AUGGUGGGCCUUUCACAGGGCGACCGCGACAUUAUCAAGCAAUAUCCUUUAAAUGACUCACUCGACAAGCUAGGUGACCUACUUCAAGAGAAAGUGUACGACUCACGGUUGGUGUUUUACGAUGGUGCCUCAGAUAAUCUCGACCAUCUCUAUCGAAAUACAAUAACGAAACUUGUCUAUACAUUACAGGGAACUGAUGCAGCAUUAAAUCUUUCGUCAAAGAUAAACGAUCAAAAAGCGGAUUCGGACCUGGCGGAUUUAUAUACGCGCCUCCGGAAAGGGAAGGGAAGCUUUAACUACAAUCCCUAUCGAGCGCUGGUACACCUAGUGAUUCAAAAGGCUCCCGAUGUUGAUAUCUGGAAAGCAGUUCAUCAACUUAUUGAGACUGUCUCCCAACUUACCCCUCCUGCGACAAUUCCUCCCACAUCAGACGGCACACCUUGGAGAUCGACGUCGUCCUCCCAGCGCGGUAACGAGCAAGCUCGCAAACUGGUGGAGGAGAGGCUCUUUGACGAGAUCAAGACGUGCACACAUAAAGAUGUUGGGGGAUUUGAUGCGAAGUAUUUUCGGAAUACAAGUUGGGAAGAGAAGUUCAUCGAUAUCUAUAAGAAGAUACAGGAGCAAGAUGACACUGGACUAUCGGAUUUCCCAGAAUUGCCAAUUCAAAAUGAUGUUCUAGACUGGUGGUUUCGAUUGCAGGACACCUUCUUGGCCGAAACUCGUGGGAUAUAUUUCUCUACCGAAGGCAAAAAGAGUCUCAAAGACUCCGAGGCUGAACGACAGGUGGACGUGCUGAUGAAGAUGCGAGCCGGUGAUGACCUUGUGCCAACACAUAGCUGGAAGGAUAUACGCGUUGUCGGUGAACUUAAACAGUCAAAUUACAAUAAGAAGGGCACAAUUCUUCAGAUGGAGCGCUCUGGCUCCUUUGACAUCCACAACGAGCCCGAACGGUUCUUCCGUGCGAUCAUCGGAUACACGCUGAUGAGUGACGCGGAGCUGGGUCUAGAUACAUUCACUAUGCUACGUGACGACGGGACGCGAACUGUCCCCAUUAGGGAUAUUGACACUGGCGAGAAGAAGCCGCUGCGACUGGAACCGAUGCCCAUAUCAGUUCAGCUGGCGGUGGUCUGUCGCGGCACAUGCUGUUAUCUAACCAAAGACCAUGAUCCUUCCAAGUUACAAAGUGUUGUCAAAUUCUCUUGGACUUCUGCCAGACGGCAGCCCGAGAUGGACCUUCUUCAAAUAGCGCAUCAACGCGAGGUAGAGGGUGUGGCCAGGGUGAUUGGAUACAGAUCCAUCACGAGCAUUGCAGAAUUGCGCAAAGGUCUUGACUUUAAGAAAGUUUAUCAAUUCCGCAGCAUGGCACCAAGCACGUCGUCCUCCAUUACCCAGUCUCAGCCACAGCUCCAGCUGUCCCAAUCGUUCACGGAGCUCCAGAGCUUAAGCAUCGCCAAAGGUUCAUCCUCGGGCUCCUCGAGAAAAAGAAAACAGUCUACUAAAUCUGCAGCCAAACCUCUCAAACGUUCACGGUCGAGCAACCUUAGGUUAGAUAGCGCAGCAGAAGAAAAUGAAGUAGCAUUCUCUGUGGAGGAGACGCAGAAAGCCAGUCUUUACGCUACCGAGGAAGAAGAGCUGUUCGAAAAUCGAGUCCUGCGCUGUUUGGCGAUAUACCCGGCCGGCAGGGCUAUUUAUAAGUUCGAUUCGCCCAAAGAGCUGCUUCUAGCACUCCGUGAUGCAAUCAGAGCACAUCGUUCUCUGUACACCAAGGGCAAAAUCUUGCACAGAGAUAUUUCUGAGAAUAAUAUCAUCAUCACCGAUCCUAAAAUUGCCAAUGGUUACUCAGGCAUGCUAAUUGACCUUGAUCUUGCGAAGGAGCUAGGUAGCGGGCCAACAGGAGCACGACAUCAGACCGGCACGAUGGAAUUUAUGGCGAUAGAAGUGCUGCUUAACAUUGACCAUACUUAUCGGCACGAUCUGGAGUCGUUCUUCUAUGUACUUAUAUGGCAGUGUGCCCAUAAUGGAUGGGAGCGUUAUGGUCGCUCGAAAGACAAGCCUAAUAAAAGCCGACUAAAGAAGUGGUACACAGGGAGCUAUGAGGAGAUUGCCGAUGUGAAAACCGGUCAUAUGGACGCGAAUAGAUUUGAGGAUCUUUUGCAGGAGUUCCCACCAGAGUUCGACCAGGUUAAAUGUCUCUGUAGAGAGCUGAGAGGAAUCUUGUUCCCGUAUCGCAACGGAUUGGUGACUGGGACUCUAGGGAAGCCAGAGAAACUCUAUGAUCCAAUCACCCAAGCAUUUGACAAGGCUAUUGAAUGUCGAUGA